AUGAAGCAAGGUACCAUUAAAAACUUCUUUGGAAAUAGCCAAAAGAAAAAGGAAGAAUUAGGUGAAAGCAAUUUAGGUUCUGACAAAAAAUGUGCUACUCAGUCUCAAAAAGGUGCUGAGACAAAUGGUUAAAACUCAAAGGAAUCCCAAUAAAAGCCUGAUGAAUCAAAAUCAUAGCAAGAAGAAUCUUAAUUAAAAGAAAAACCAAAAGCAUAAAAAAGAAGAUAAAUAAUAGAUAGCAGUGAUGAUGAAGAAGUUCCUUCAUUGGCUACGAUGUCUAUAAGUAAUAAGUAAAUAAAAAAAGUGGAAAAUGAGAACUAAAAAAAUGAGUCUUCUAAAUCAGAAACAAAAUCAUCCACAGAUUCUAGCAAUUUGUCGAAAUAAAUACUUGAAAAACCAAAAAAUGAAGAUGAAAAAUUAAGCCAAUCAUCUAAAAAAGCAGCAGAAUAAUAAGAUACAAAAAAGAAACCAACUAAUAAUUUGAGAAAACUUUUGGAUAAGCACUUUGACCCUAUUGAAGACGCUCCAUUCUAUAAGGAUUAAGAAGUCUUGUUUGGUUAUUUAUGUGAUGGAUUUGAAAGAGUAAAUGAACAGGAAGGUAAAAAUUCAAAGGCUAUACAAAUUGAAAUAAUGUCAAAAAUUUUCAAGUCGAUCAUAUUACUUAAUCCUGACUAGGUAUAUGAAGCUUAUAUGUUUUGUAUUUUAAAGAUAGCACCUGAUUAUGAGUCUAAUGAGCUUGGUGUGGGUAGGGAAAUACUUUAAAAAGCAAUUAGUAAUUGUUGUGGUAAAUCAGUUACUUAAAUCAGAGAUAGCCUUAAUAAACUUGGUGACUUAGGUAAGGUUGCGUCCGAAGCCAAAUCUACCUAAAAAAACAUCACAAAUUAUUUUUAAAAGCAGGCUAAAGAAAAGCCUCCUAUUACUCUUAAUAGAACUUUUAAUGAUUUGAAAAGUAUUGCAGCUGCUUCAGGAAAGGACUCAACUGCAGAAAGAGAAAGAAUUAUUAUAAAAUAUAUGAAUGAAGCAAAACCAGAUGAAGCAUGCUAUUUUAUUAGAUUUUUAGAGUAGAAUUUGAAAAUUGGUGCUGCUGAAAAAACAAUGUAGGCAGCUCUUUCCAAAGCAUUCUUUGAAAUUGCCCACAAUAUCAAAAGCAAUCACGUUUACACAGAAUAAUAAAACUAACUUUUAGAAGAAUUUAACUUCAAUAUCACUAGAUGUCUGUGUGAGUUUCCAAACUAUUACUAAGUCAUUGAGACUUUGAAAUAAAUUGGCAAAGAUAUUUCUAAAUUAUUAGAUAUCUGCAAGAUCACGAUAGGCGUUCCCUGCAAGCCUAUGCUUGCCAAACCAACAAAAUCAAUUUAAGUUAUUUUGGAAAGAUUCAAAGACAUGACUUUUACUUGUGAAUACAAGUAUGAUGGAUUGAGAGGUCAAAUACACUACGAUGGAAAAGAUGUUACUAUUUUUAGCAGAAACCUAGAAAAUAUGACAUAGAUGUAUCCUGAUAUUGUAGAAUUCAUAAAAAAACAUGUCAGCUAAUCGAAAACUGUUAAAAAUUUUAUUUUAGAUAGUGAAAUUGUAGCUUUUGAUAAAAACACCAACAAAAUUAGACCUUUCUAAUAAUUAGCAACAAGAGGAAGAGUCAAUGUCAAAUUAGAUGAAAUUGAUAUAAAAGUUUGUGUUUUUAUGUUCGAUUUAAUAUAUAUCAAUGACUAGAGUUUGCUACAAACAACACUUUAAGAAAGAAGAUAAAAAAUUUAGGAGUGUUUUGUUCAAGAACCUGGUGAGUUCUGCUUUGCUGAGCACAUAAACACUGAAGAUGUUGAACAAAUUUAAGAAUUCUUAGAAAAAUCUGUUAAGGUGGGAUGUGAAGGCUUGAUGGUUAAAACUUUAGAAACUAACUCAACUUAUGAACCAGCAAAAAGAUCAUUUAAAUGGCUUAAACUCAAAAAAGAUUAUUUAGAUAGUGGGUUAGGAGAUACACUUGAUUUAGUUCCGAUUGCAGCCUUCAAGGGUACAGGUAAAAGAGUUGGAUUGUAUGGUGCUUACCUAUUAGCUUGCUACAAUGAAGAUAUGGAACGUUAUGAAACAAUAUGUAAAAUAGGUACAGGAUUUUCAGAUGAAAUCUUAGAAGCAUGCUAUAAAUUCUUCUAAGAUAAAAUUAUACCAUAGCCAUAAUCUGAUUAUUUAACCAAAGAUUUUAAAGCAGAUGUAUGGUUUAAACCUUCUGUAGUUUGGGAAAUUAAGGGAGCAGAUUUACAAAUAUCACCAGUAUAUACUUGUGCAAUUAGUGAAACAAAUUAAGAAAAAGGUAUUGGUCUUAGAUUCCCUCGUCUUAUCAGAGUUAGAGAUGAUAAAGAUCCAGUCGAUGCUACUUCUCCUUCUUUUAUAUACGAUAUAUAUAAACAAUAAGCUGUUGUAGCAAAUGAUUUUGAUGAUGGUGAUGAUUUCUAUUGA